CAGCUGGAUGCUCCCUACCCCAGCCCCACCCGCACCCUCAAGGGACCUCUUCGGAAGGACCGUCCUCUGGCGGCGCCUACUCGGACACCAUGGGGUCCCGCGGCCGGCAGGCUGCGCGAUGGGAGGUGCUCUAACCUGCAGGAACCCCGGACGCGACUCAGGCGCCUGCACGCACCUGCGAUGGCUGUGUCCUUCCACUCCCAGCCCUGCACACGGCCCGGCCCGCGGGACCCGACUCUAACCGCCCCGACCUGCCUUAAAGAUCUUGUCUAUCCCUCCCUGCGGGAUAAGGCGCCGCCCACUCAUCAUCCAGCCCGCAAGGCCCGCGCAGACCCGUUGGCACCGGACUAACAGCUCCACCAAGUCCACAGCCUGGAUGCCCAGAGGCCCGCCCUAAGCAGCCCGGCCCCGCCCGGCCGGCCCGCGCAGCCCCACCAACAUGGGCAGUGAUCGCCGCAAAGGAGACCCGAAGAAUGAGGCACACACAGCGUUCACCUGGGAGGUGAAAGCCAACGACUGGGGCUACUACAAGCAGUUCAAGCAGAAGUCCUGCCUGUGCUGGCACAGGGACAAGUACAAGACCAACGUCAUCCACACGGCCAAGUACAACGUCUUCUCCUUCCUGCCGCUGAACCUCUACGAGCAGUUCCGCCGCGUGUCCAACCUCUACUUCCUCCUGAUCAUCGUCUUGCAGGGCAUCCCUGAGAUUUCCACGCUGCCCUGGUUCUCCCUCUUUGCCCCACUGGUCUGUCUCCUCGUCAUUCGAGCCUCCCGUGACCUCAUGGAUGACAUUGGGCGGCACAGGAGUGACAAAGCCAUCAACAACAGGCCCUGCCAGAUCCUGACGGGAAAGAGGUUCUCCUGGCGGAAGUGGAAGGACCUGUGUGUGGGGGACGUGGUGUGCCUCAGCAAGGACAGCAUCGUCCCGGCCGACCUGCUCCUGCUGGCCAGCACGGAGCCCAGCAGCCUGUGCUACGUGGAGACCGUGGACAUCGACGGGGAGACCAACUUGAAGUUCAGACAGGCCCUGCCGGUCACCCAUAAUGAACUGACCAGCACGAGGAAGAUGGCGGCCUUCCAAGGUACCGUGCUGUGUGAGGAGCCCAACAGCCGAAUGCACCAGUUCGUGGGGGUCCUGGAGUGGAACGGCCAGAGGCAUCCCCUGGACGUCGGCAACCUUCUCCUCCGCGGCUGCAGGGUCCGCAACACAGACACCUGCUAUGGCCUCGUCAUCUAUGCCGGUUUUGACACCAAGAUCAUGAAGAACUGCGGCAAGAUCCAUUUGAAGAGAACCAAGCUAGACCUUCUCAUGAACAGGCUGGUGGUCCUGAUCUUCCUGUCCCUGGUGGUGGUCUCUGUGACCUUGGCCCUGGGCUUCAGUUUGAAGGUGAGAGAUUUCAGAGAGAAGCACUACUACCUCUGGGCCAUGCACACGCGGGGCUUGUUCCUGGAGACCUUCUUCAACUUCUGGAGCUUCCUCAUCCUGCUCAGUGUCAUGGUGCCCAUGGCCAUGUUCAUCCUGGCCGAGUUCAUCUACCUGGGGAACAGCAUCUUCAUCAACUGGGACAUGCAGAUGUACCACGCACCGCAGGACAUGCCAGCCAAGGCCCGCAGCACCAGCCUCAAUGACCAGCUGGGCCAGGUGCAGUACAUCUUCUCGGACAAGACCGGCACGCUCACGCAGAACACCAUGAUCUUCAAGAAGUGCUGCAUCGCCGGCCGCAUCUACGGUCCAGAGACCAAGUCUGGGACCUCCGCGCAGGAGAAGCCUCACGGGUGGAAGUACCCUUUCCACAACGAGGAGCUCCUGGGCCUGGUUCAGGAGGGGCGGGACCCUGCGGUGCGCGAGUUCUGGCGCCUGCUGGCCAUCUGCCACACAGUGAUGGUCCACCAGAAGGACAACCAGCUGGUGUACCAGGCGGCCUCUCCUGAUGAGGAGGCGCUGGUCCACGCAGCCCGCAGCUUCGGCUUCGUGUUCCUGUCGCGCACCCAGGACAGCGUGACGCUGCUGGAGCUCGGGGAGGCCCGCGUCUACCAGGUCCUGGCCAUGAUGGACUUCAACAGCGUGCGCAAGCGGAUGUCCGUGCUGGUCCGGAACCCGGAGGGCUCCAUCCGCCUCUACACCAAAGGCGCGGACACGGUCAUCCUAGAACGCUUGCACAAGAGGGGCGACGUGGAGAUGGCCACAGAGGAAGUGCUGCUCACCUUUGCGAAGGAGACCCUGCGGACGCUGUGUCUGGCCUACAAGGAGGUGGGCGAGGAGGCCUAUCAGAAGUGGCAGGUCCAGCACCAGCAGGCCUGCCUCCUGCUGGAGAACCGGGCACAGGCCCUGCAGGACGCGUACGAGCAGAUGGAGCAGAAGCUGGAGCUGCUGGGGGUCACGGCCAUCGAGGACCGGCUGCAGGAUGGCGUCCCAGACACCAUCAGGUGUCUCAGGAGAGGGAACAUCAAGAUCUGGGUGCUCACAGGGGACAAGCAAGAGACGGCGGUGAACAUCGGCUUUGCCUGCCAGCUGCUGUCGGAGAACAUGCUCAUCCUGGAAGAGCGGGAGAUAAACCACGUCCUGGAGACCUACUGGGAGACCAACAACAACAAGCAGACCAACAAGGGCUACCUGAAGUUCACGUCACAGGUCAAACUGGCCAUGGUCAUUAAUGGGGACUUCCUGGACAAGCUGCUGCUGUCCUUGCGCAAAGAGCCCCGGGCUCUGGUCCAAAACGUGGUGGUGGACGAGAACAGCCCGGAGUCCAACCAGCUGAGGAGGGACUUCCUGCAGGCCAGGCGGAUGUCGCUCAUGCGGCACAGCUUUGGGCCCUCUCUGGUGCCUGCCCAGUCCAGCACCACCAAGACCCAAGAGAGCCCUGAGGUGCGGCGGGAGCGGGCCUUCGUGGACCUGGCCACCCGGUGCCAGACGGUCAUCUGCUGCCGGGUGACGCCUAAGCAGAAGGCCCUGGUAGUGGCGCUGGUCAAGAAGUACCAUCAGGUGGUGACCCUGGCCAUCGGGGACGGCGCCAACGAUGUCAACAUGAUAAAGACUGCGGACAUUGGUGUGGGGCUGACGGGUCAGGAGGGCAUGCAGGCGGUGCAGAAUAGUGACUACGCGCUGGCUCAGUUCAGCUUCCUGCAGCGGCUGCUGCUGGUGCAUGGACGCUGGUCCUACAUGCGCGUCUGCAAGUUCCUGCGCUACUUCUUCUACAAGACCGUGGCCAGCAUGAUGGUGCAGAUCUGGUUCUCCUUCUACAACGGCUUCACUGCCCAGCCCCUGUAUGAAGGCUGGUUCCUGGCCCUCUUCAACCUGCUCUACACCACCAUGCCGGUCCUCUACAUUGGGCUCUUCGAGCAGGACGUGACCGCUGCGGAGAGCCUGCUGAUGCCGGAGCUGUAUGUCGCGGGUCAGGAGGACAAACUCUUCAACUACUGGGUGUUCUUCCAAGCCGUGGCCCACGGCACGGCCACCUCCCUGGUCAACUUCUUCGUGACGCUGUGGGUCGGCCACAACUCGGUGGGGCCUUCCAGCUUCAGUGACUACCAGUCCUUUGCCGUUAUUGUGGCCGUGUCGAGCUUGCUGUCCAUCACCCUGGAGGUCAUCCUGAUCAUCAGGUACUGGACGGUGCUGUGCCUGCUGACCAUUCUGCUCAGCCUUGGUUCCUACGUCGUCAUGACGCAUGCCACUCAGAGCUUGUGGCUCUGGAAGAUGGCCCCGAAGACCUUCCCGUUUCUGUUUGCUGACCGAAAUGUGCUGGCCCACCCCUCAAACCUGCUGGUGAUCCUGCUGAACGUGUCCUUGAACACGCUGCCUGUCCUGGCCUUCCGUGUCAUCUACAAAACCCUCAGGAAGCCAUGUCUCAAGCAGGAAGAGGAAAUGCCCUCCGAGGACGUGGCUGUUGUGGAGCCCGUGCCUUACCUACGCAGGGAGCCCCCCACCCGGCGCUCCAGCUACGCCUUCUCCCACCGGGAGGGCUAUGCAGACCUCAUCACCCAGGGCACGAUUCUGCGCCCAUCUCCCAGAAGCAACGAGGAGGCCUGCGAGUCCCCAGCCCCGUCCGAUGACGAGCUGUCCCCGAGCAGCAAGGAGUCACGCUCUCACGCCUGGAAGGUCUCGGUCCUGAAGAGGAGCAGUCACCAGCACCAGGGGAGGGCGUCCUCGGAGGACACGCAGCACUACACCACGGGGAGCUCGUCCUGCGCUGUCGCGGGGCCCGCUGCGUCUGGCUCGGACAGCCGCUCCACUCUCACCAGGAAGCCGCGCAGCCCCACCAGCAGGCCUCCGGGGUCCACCCAGGAAAGCAGAUCAUUUCCCGAGACUCCGUCUCAGUUCUUCACGGCUCCGUCAUGGCCCUCAGACCGGACUUCCGAGAGCCAGUCAGAGUCCCUGGAGGGGCGGCCAUCCUGGACUCCGUUCAGGAAGAGCUGGCCAAAUGCCUGGCAGAAGGAGGCCCACCCUGCCAAGGAGGAGACGGCGCCACUUCCCUCAAAGACCCACGCGUCCCCUGCAGAGACUCUGCCACCCACUGCGGAGGAGUCGUCCCUGAGCGAGCAGCCGAUGGAGGUGGAGCCCUGGGAGGUGGACAGGCAGCCCUCGCCCAUGGAGUGGCUGCCCGCCGAUGCAGCCGAGCCGCCCUCGCCUGCCCCCAGCGGGCCAUUUGCAGCCCCUCAGAGACCGUCCAGCUAGCAGGAGGCCUGACCCCCAGGACAGGGCCCCACACCCUCUCCAUUUUCUAAUAAAGCAGGGUCCUGACCCCAGGGCU